ACAGUUUGGAAACGGAACUAAAAUGUUUGUUUUGAAGUCCGAAGUGACAGUCUAACCAUCUGGAGCAAAGGUAAUACGGUCAAAUGUUAAGUUCUAGUUGUGCUUUAUAGAAAGCGAAUAAUAGUUUUCUGAGAGCGUGGUCUGCAUGCACCCGAUAACCGGAGAAAAAUGUCCGCCGUGAUUCCUCGCAUCGAGCAGCUUUCCUCCAGAGUGGUCCGUGUUCUGGGCUGUAAUCCCGGACCUAUGACGCUGCAAGGGACCAACACGUACCUGGUGGGCACGGGGAGAAGACGUGUGUUGAUUGAUACAGGGGAGCCUUCUGUUCCUGAGUACAUCAGUAAUCUAAAGGAAGCUUUGCACCAGAAUGACACCUCCAUCCAGCAAAUCCUUGUUACACACUGGCACUAUGAUCAUGCCGGGGGAGUAUCAGACAUCUUCACACACAUACACAAAGACUUGGAGGUGAGUAAACUCCCUCGCUCUCCUCCUCAGCCAGAGGGGAUUGGAGAGGAGAAGAGGAAAUACACAUACCUGAAGGAUGGAGAUGUGAUAAAGACUGAGGGGGCUACUCUACGGGUGUUGUUCACCCCAGGCCACACUGAUGACCACAUGGCUCUGUAUCUGGAGGAGGAGAAGGCAGUGUUUUCCGGAGACUGCAUACUGGGGGAGGGAACGGCUGUGUUUGAGGACCUACAUGACUACAUGCUCUCACUGCACACACUACUUGAUGUCAAUGCUGACCUCAUCUACCCAGGUCAUGGUCCUGUUGUGUUGAGCGCAUGCAGUAAGAUCCGGGAAUACAUCACUCACCGUGGUGCUCGCGAGCAGCAGAUUUUGGACGUGCUCAGAGAUAAUGCUGCAGAUGCCUUCAGUUCCUCUGCCUUGGUUAAACUGGUUUAUAAGGACACACCUGAGCACUUACAUCGUGCUGCAGAAAUCAACUUGCUUCAUCAUUUAAAAAAGCUACAGAAAGAGGGAAAGAUCUUUCUGGUUGGAGAUUCAGAGGGGAAGAAGUGGAAAAGCAACCUGUGACUGCCUGCCACUGAUGAUUUAACAGAUAUGAUACGAUUUAACAGAUAUUGUGGCUCUGAGGAUACUGCUUGAUGCAGUAAUACAGUCCACGUGUUAGUGCUCAGUGUCUUUGGUUCACACUGUAUCUGAAUUUUUGCACUUAGUCUGCUUACUUGCCUUUUCAAUAAAUUCAUCACAUUACCGUGUUA